AUGAGUAUUUUAUAUAAAUGUAAAUUUUUAGUAAAAAAUAUUGAUAAUAAUAAAAUUAAUUUAAAUCCUAUUUUAAAUUCAAAAUUUAAAAUAUAUAAUAUUAAUAUAAAUUUAUUAAAUAAAAAAAUAAUUGAAUAUAUUAACAAAUAUAAGUUUAAUAUUUUUAUUAUUUAUAUUUAUACUAAUAAAAAUUUUAAAAUAAUAUGUAAUUAUACAAUAUUUAAUUUAUAUAAACAAUAUUAUAAUAAAUUAAAUAAAAUAUAUUUAAUAUAUAAAAUAUUAUUAUAUAAAAAAAUUCAAUUAUUAUUUUAUAAUAUAAAUCAAUUGUUAAAUAUUAUAAUUAAUAAUAUUAAAAUAAUAAAUUAUAAAAAAAAAUAA